AUGUCCGAUUUAUCUGAGGCCGAGAAGAGAAACUUACUGAGGCAGCGGAGGCUUGCCAAAGCUAAGAUGGGUGCCGACCGACUCAACAAGAUUACGGGAAUGAACCAAUCCUACAAGGAACCAGAGGCGGUCGUUGAGAGCACCACAAAGUCGACCGGUCAGGCCACCCUCCAAUCGGCCAAACAAGCGCACGAUUUCUCACACAUUUCAGAAGUGGAGAGUGUAUCGCAUCUUACCGCGGCGGAUCCGGACAUGAUGGAUAUUUCGGCCUUCCAGCCGACUUUUCACGAUCACAUGUUUGGGAAGUCUGAUGAGCCCAUGGAAUCUCCAGAAUUGGUAGAGUACAGGGCAAAGCAGGCUGAAUAUGUGAGAUACCACACACAAUUUGUGACGUCGGUAUUCCUCUUGUUGAGAUAUUUCGCAUAUGCGAUAUUAUUCUGUAUCCCGGAUCUCACCUUGAAAAAUUGGCUGUUGAUACUUCAUGUGUCCUUUCAAAUCAUAUAUGCGUUGGUAGUUUCAAACUUGGAAAACUUUCAGCCGUCUUCAAUGCUGUCUGGUAUAAUUUCAACUCUCCAACAAUUUUUGCCUCCAGUUUGGGUUGGUCGUCUGAAGACUGUCUUCAAGUUACAGGAAGUGGUGGAUCUUUCACUUGCUGACUUUAGCUUUGUUGUAUGUGUCUAUGGGCUCAAGUCCAUCUUUAGCCUUUGA